AUGGUUUCAGACAGCAAGCCCAGUUCGCAUUCCACCAGCGCAAGCAAUACGGCUAACACAUCACCUGUACAUCAUGAGGCCUUGACAAGGCUUCGCGAGGUCCUUCCCGAUAAUCUUUGGCCGGAGGUACGCCCAGCACUCUCAGAAGACGUAUCAUUCGGCAAAGCAGAGCUUCAACACGGGAGGGUACUGAUCGGCCACGUCUGCUCGGACAAAGAACAGGGACAAGAUACUGUCGAAGAACGCGCCUUGUGGGCACAUCUCUGGAAGAUCGAUUGCAGAGGAGGUGCUGUACUCAGUUUUUACUACAAUACCCAAGAGGAGCUCAGAAUUGGCGAGCCAAAGUUUCGCAAGGUCGACUUCCAGACAUGGUGUUGCAUGAUCGCUACAGACCAGUCACCUGUAGGCUCUUCUGGUGGCGCAUGGGAGAGGCGCCUCAAGACAGUCGUAAAGAUUGCUCUCCUUGGGAGUGGAUACUUGAACCCAAAAGAUAAUACAUUUCCAGAUCUGGCGACACUUAUCAGUGUCAUCAACAAGCGCAAGCCUACCCACGAAACCAGUUCUUCUUCAGUGCGAAACGCCAACGGCAAGCGUCCGUCGGAGAGGGACGACCUAGAGACAUUCGUCGAACAGAUCAUGGAACCUGAGUCUGAGGACGACUAUCUGGAUGGAGGUAACGAGGAAGAUGCAUCUCUGACAGAACCUAGCAGUACCGCUCACGCGCCUUCUGCAAAGAAGUCUGGUAUGAAAACAUCGCAUAUACAAGAACUACAAGAGGCAUUUCCGCCUACAGUCUGGCCACGUGUCGAGAACUGCAGCGAGGACGUCGGCAAACUCUACCCCGGAAAAGUCUAUCUUGGAUUUUUACCAUCUGCCAAAUCGCCGAGCGGUUUACCACAGGAGGUUUGGGCGAGGGUCAAAGGGAAAGCGUCCGCCAAAAGGUCUGGACACAUUCUGUGCUACUGGAACGACGGCAGAUCGGCAAACUUGAGGGAUGAAGAUCUCGUUAGUAAGAUAAAUUUCGACAAGCCUUUUCGAUAUCUCGGAGAUCCUGAAGCACGCCAGAAGAAGAAAGAAGCACGCGAUCCCUGGCGGGCUUCGGUAGCCGUCUGUGUACGGGCAGCGCUCGUCCAUGCAGGAAUGAUUGACGGAGACGAGCUCUCAAUCCAGACUAAAGCACCACGAGCCGCUGAGAUCAUUCGCCAAAACCGGGAGAGACUUGAGACCAACACUGCAAAACCCGCUGAUGUAGAAGCCUCGGACAACAUCAAUCUUUCAUCGAGCACUGAUAUCACUGUCAGUUCUUCAAGCAUCCCGGUUGCAGACAUGAGGCCCAAAAAGCGUCGUAUGGACUCUGAUCACGAAGCUGGUAAUGAUGUUGGAGAUUCAGUUUCGUUGGCCAUGACACCAGCCCCGAGAGGAUUCGCAGCCGUAAGCUCGAUAUCCCCGUCGAUACAGUUUCUCAGGAGGGCUCGUGAGAACGGGCCAGGCUCUCUAUCUUACGAGCUUGCCGCUUCCAAGAAGAGAUGUGCGACUCUCGAAGCCGACGCAGAGCGACAGAAGAGAGAGAACGAACAGCUUCAAGAAGCAUGCAAAGAGGAGACUGUUGGCGCAGUGACUCUUCGAAGUGAGUUGGCUGUCGCCUGUGAGAAGAUAGCGAAACUCGAGCGAGAUGGCGCGGAGCUACAAGCAGAGAUGGGCAGUCUCAAAAAGUUGAGACAAGCGCAUGUCGAACAUGCCCAGCACAUUCUACUCGAAGUCAUGGCUUUCGACAUUGGUGAGCGAGAUGGCACCGACCCAGAAACGGCAAGCCGAGACGCUAAGAGCCAGUACGUCGAGACCUACGGUAUCGAAGUUGAAGUCGGAGCGCUGGGCGAUAUGGCCUGA